UCCCCUACUGUCUUUAGGAUUACAAUCCUGACAUUACUCCCGGGAUGGAGGACUCCGGGGUGCCCCGGGGCAUCUGGGAGGGCGACGCCAAAGCGGUCCAGCAGUGCUUGACGGACAUCUUCACCAGCGUCUACACCACCUGCGACAUCCCGGAGAACGCCAUCUUCGGCCCUUGCGUGCUCAGCCACACCUCGCUGUACGACAGCAUCGCCUUCGUCGCCCUCAAGUCCACCGACAAGAGGACGGUCCCCUACAUCUUCCGGGUGGACACCUCGGCGGCCAACGGCUCCUCGGAAGGCCUGAUGUGGCUGCGGCUGGUCCAGUCGGCCCGAGACAAAGAAGAGCAGAACCUGGAGGCCUACAUCAAAAACGGACAGUUGUUUUAUCGCUCCCUCCGCAGGAUCGCCAAAGACGAGGAGCUGCUGGUCUGGUACGGGAAGGAGCUGAGCGAGCUACUCCUGCUGAGCGCCGCCAGAACCCACAGCAAGAUGAACGGCUCUCCGCCUUACGCCUGCCUGGAGUGCAGCCAGCGCUUCCAGUUCGAGUUCCCGUACGUGGCCCACCUGCGCUUCCGCUGCCCCAAGAGACUGCACGCCCCGGACAGCAGCCCGGCCGAGGAGGUCAGCACCAAGGCCAGCAGCCCGAAGGCCCCGGAAGGCGGGGGCCCCAAGUACCCCGCCAAGCCCCUCCACCACGCCCUCCACCCGCCCCGCCACCACUACGCCGUCCCUGCGGAGGCGGGCCCCGGCGUGGCCAGCAAGCCCUCCACGGACUUCCACAACCUGGCCCGGGACAUGGAGAACGCGCGGGAGGCCGGCGGCUCGCCGGGGAGGCGGGAGCCGUCGGCGGGCAGCCCGGGCGCGCCGCCGCCCAGCAAAGCCAAGCGGAAAUGCCCCGAGGGGGCGGGCGAGGAGCGUGGGGCGGCCGCCAGGGGGCGCCUGGAGCGGCCCCUGCCCUCCUCGCCCCGGGAGGAGCUGGUGUGCACCCCGCAGCAGCAGUACCGUCCGGCGGGGAGCUACUUCGGCCUGGAGGAGAGCGGCCGCCUCUUCGCGCCCCCCAGCCCGGAGACGGGGGAGGCCAAGCGCAGCGCCUUCGUGGAGGUGAAGAAGGCCUCGAGGGGGCCGGAGGGCGGCGAGGAGGAGAAGGAGCGAGGCGGAGGCGGCGGAGGCGGCUCCUCCUCUCCGGGCGGCGCGCCGUCGGACAAGGCGCUGGGGGGCUCCGGCGGCCGGCCGGGGGGCAGCGCCUUCUCGGCCGUGCCCUCCUCGCAGGCGUCGAGCGCGGGCGGGGAGGAGCGGAAGAGCGCCUUCUCGCAGCCGGCGCGCUCCUUCGCCCUGGCGGCCUCCUCCUCCUCCUCUUCCUCGGCCCACGUGGCGCAGCUGGUGCUGGGCCAGAAGCUGGGCGCGCUGGCCGAAGGCGGCGGCGGCGGCUGCCCCGACGGGGCGGCGCGCCUUUACGCGCCGGACCCGCUGGCUGUGAAGCUGCAGGGCGCGUCGGGGGAGCUCAACGGCAGCGGGGCGGCUGGAGGCGGCGGCGGGGGGGCGGCGGCGGCCGGCGGCGGGCUGCCCAAGCAGAGCCCCUUCCUGUACGCCACCACCUUCUGGCCCAAGAGCGUGGCGGCGGCGGGCGGCCCCCUCCAGCUGCAGCUGCCCUCGGCCCUGACGCUGCUGCCGCCCUCCUUCACCUCCCUCUGCCUGCCGGCGCAGAACUGGUGCGCCAAGUGCAACGCCUCCUUCCGCAUGACCUCCGACUUGGUGUACCACAUGCGCUCCCACCACAAGAAGGAGUACGCCCUCGAGCCCCUGGUCAAGCGGCGGCGGGAGGAGAAGCUCAAGUGCCCCAUCUGCAACGAGUCCUUCCGCGAGCGGCACCACCUCUCCCGGCACAUGACCUCGCACAACUGA